UGCCUGAAGAAACGAACAUGAGGGGGCGGAGUUACAGACAGGUGGACCAGUGUGUCUCUGUCGGUGGUGCUGAAAUCCAUCCUUUCACUCUCAAACCUGGACCUCCUCCAUCUCUUUUCACAUUCUCCUCCAAAAACCUUCCAUGAGAACUUUACACGGUGGUAUUUUUUAAUAUUGUUUUUUUUUUUAUCAUCGAGUGGAUCUUAAAGAUGUCUGUUCGUGGAUUAAGACUGCGCAAGGCAAAAGCGGACUUCACGGAGCGCCGCUUUGUGACUGUGGAAGCAGUCUUUUCACACUGAGAGUCUUACUGCUGCAUCUUCUAUAUUUGCUUCUUCCAAGCCUUAUUGGAUCUUUAAGACAUUUUGGAGCUGAAAGAAACUUGAAUUAUUUGGAUUAUACGCAAAAAUAUGCACAUAUUUGCUUUUCUUCAAGAAUAGUGUAUAGUGAGAAUUUUGGAUAUGGAGGCUGGCAAUGAGAAAGCCAUUCCUACCUCUAAAGAGGGGUUAAAACAAAUAGCAGGGAAGGCCCUUGGAAGUCUUUACAGGCGGUUGGAAAAGCGGCAGCAGACAGGUGAGAACAUCGAACUGACGGAGGAUGGGCGGCCCCGGGCCGACCAGGGCCGCAGGGGGCCCCUGUGCGACUGUACGUGUUUCGGACUCCCUCGCAGGUACAUCAUCGCCGUGCUCAGUGGUCUCGGUUUCUGCAUCUCCUUCGGCAUCCGCUGCAAUUUGGGCGUGGCCAUCGUGAGCAUGGUGAACAACCACACCGUCCACCAAAACGGGAAGAUCAUCAUUUUAGAGAAAGCAAAAUUCAACUGGGACCCUGAGACUGUGGGGAUGAUUCAUGGCUCCUUCUUCUGGGGCUACAUCGUCACCCAAAUUCCAGGAGGAUAUAUUUCCUCCAGACUGGCUGCCAACAGGGUUUUUGGGGCUGCCAUUGUGCUGACAUCUACCCUGAACAUGUUCAUCCCGUCUGCCGCCCGUGUGCACUACGGAUGUGUCAUCUUUGUGAGGAUAUUACAAGGCCUGGUGGAGGGAGUGACUUAUCCAGCCUGUCAUGGGAUCUGGAGUAAAUGGGCUCCUCCACUGGAGCGAAGUCGUCUGGCAACCCUCUCUUUCUGUGGGUCCUACGCUGGGGCUGUCAUAGCCAUGCCUCUGGCUGGAAUCUUGGUCCAGUACACUGGGUGGUCGUCUGUCUUCUAUGUGUAUGGAACGUUUGGCUUAAUCUGGUACAUGUUCUGGAUCCUGGUCUCCUUCGAGAGUCCGGCCGAGCACCCGACCAUUACUGAGGAGGAACGCCGUUACAUCGAAGAGAGCAUCGGUGAAAGCGCCCAGCUGAUGGGAGCCAUGGAGAAAUUCAAGACCCCCUGGAGGAAGUUCUUCUCCUCCAUGCCCGUCUAUGCAAUUAUUGUGGCCAAUUUCUGCAGAAGCUGGACGUUUUAUCUGCUACUCAUCAGUCAGCCUGCAUACUUUGAAGAGGUGUUUGGCUUUGAAAUAAGCAAGGUUGGACUCUUGUCAGCACUCCCCCACUUGGUCAUGACCAUCAUAGUACCCUUAGGGGGCCAGUUGGCUGACUACCUGCGUACACACAACAUCAUGUCCACCACGAUGGUUCGCAAGAUCAUGAACUGUGGAGGUUUCGGUAUGGAGGCCACACUCCUACUGGUAGUGGGUUACUCUCACAGUAAGGGGAUGGCCAUCUCCUUCUUGGUGCUGGCGGUGGGCUUUAGCGGCUUUGCAAUAUCAGGUUUCAAUGUCAACCAUUUAGACAUCGCUCCACGCUAUGCUAGCAUCCUGAUGGGCAUCUCCAAUGGAGUUGGCACCCUGUCAGGGAUGGUGUGCCCUCUAAUCGUGGGGGCCAUGACGAAGAAUAAGACCCGGGAGGAGUGGCAGUAUGUGUUCCUGAUUGCCUCCCUGGUGCAUUACGGGGGCGUGGUCUUCUACGGGAUCUUCGCCUCUGGAGAAAAACAACCAUGGGCCGACCCGGAGGAGACCAGCGAGGAGAAGUGUGGCUUCAUUGAUGAGGACGAGCUGGCCGAAGAGACAGGUGACAUCACGCAGGGUUACGGCGCUAUGGGCGGCCCGGCUAAAAGCUAUGGAGCCACGGCGCAGCUCAAUGGAGGUUGGGUGCAGGACUGGGAUAAGACGGAAGAGUAUGUUCAGGAACCGGCUGGGAAGAUGUACUCGGAGCGAGGCUACUCUUAAAGCAGAUGUUUGCAUAAUCAACAAUUGCACAAUUUAAUAUUAGAUAGAUGAAUCCAUUCUGUGAAUUCUAGUUGUAAGGCUGCUCUAGUGUCCAACAGCCGUUGUAAAGAAGAUUCCAUACAUCGCUCAUCACAUCUAUAUUCAGCGUAGAGAAGUUGCAAUGCAAGCUGCAGGCAUAUGUUGUAAAGUUCUUUGGCGCGCAAACAUCAUCAAUUUCUCAAUUAUUUUCUAUCAGGGGACAGAAAUGUUUUUGCUCCCCUGAUUUAAAAUACAAUUGAGAAACUUAUUUAUCUGUACUGUACAAACGGAACUCAAAAACCAGGAAAAUGAAACAAGAUGGUGUAAAAGUGUAUUCAAGAGUCAAAUGCAUGCUGAGUACCUUACAUGUAAGCAGGUGAAAGUACUCCCUGUCUCUCAGUUAAUGCCCCCCACCCCCGGGGGGAGGGAAGAGGGUGGCCCGCCCCACUAUUUGAGAAGCACUGGUUUACAUAAGCAACAUUACACUGCAGUAGACCGUCACACAAGGUCUCUAUCUCUGAUUGCACUGAAAUUAGUAGAAGAAUUCUAAAAAUCCGAUUCUAUUGUGUUUUAUGUACUGUAUAUACCUGUAUACUGUUUCUGUGAGACUAUUGUGGAUUUGGGUCGUUGAUCUGUGUGUAUCAUUGAUAUAAAAAGGCCAUAUUUUUCAUGGACAGUACCUUUUCAGGGAGAUGUCUGCUUGCAAAAAAAAAAAAAAAAAAAAGGUUUCCUCUUUAUCCUCAAGCGAGGCCGGUAAUACUCUCUAGGGCGAGUGAACCUUAGGGCGCGUUUACACUUGUCAUGUUUGGGAUGUUGGAAAUGCUGUUCAAUUGUCCGCUCUAUCCAUCUGUGUGAUGAGUGCAAUCUUUAUAAGUAUAUUUUAGAAGGAAAUCUAAGCUUAUUAAUAUAACUGAAUAUAAAAAUAACCGGGCUGCACGGAGGUCGAGUGGUUAGCGCACAGACCUCAGUGUGGGGAUCUCUGUGUGGAGUUUGCAUGUUCUCCCCAUGCAUACGUGGGUUUUCUCCGGGUACUCCGGUUUCCUCCCACAUUCCAAAAACAUGCUAGGUUAAUUGGCGACUCCAAAUUGUCCAUAGGUAUGAAUGUGAGUGUGAAUGGUUGUUUGUCUAUAUGUGCCCUGUGAUUGGCUGGCAACCAGUCCAGUGUGUACCACGCCUCUCGCCCAAAGACAGCUGGGAUAGGCUCCAGCACCUCCCACGACCCUCAUUAGGAUAAGCGGUAGAAAAUGAAUGAAUGAAUAAAAAUAGUGGUUAGCGUGCAGACCUAACAGCUAGGAGACCAGGGUUCAAUUCCACCCUCGGCCAUCUUUUUGAGGAGUUUGCAUGUUCUCUCCGUGCAUGCGUGGGUGUUAUCCGGGUUUCCUCCCACAUUCCAAAAACAUGCUAGGUUAAUUGGCGACUCCAAAUUGUCCAUAGGUAUGAAUGUGAGUGUGAAUGGUUGUUUGUCUAUAUGUGCCCUGUGAUUGGCUGGCGACCAGUCCAGGGUGUACCCCCGCCUCUCGCCCGAAGACAGCUGGGAUAGGCUCCAGCACCCCCGCGACCCUCGUCAGGAUAAGCGGUAGAAAAUGAAUGAAUGAAUUAAUAAAAAUAACCAACCUGGAAGACUGCAUUUUGGUUUGGAAUAUUUGAGUUAUGAGUUUUGAGUUAUGUCAGAUAUGUCCCAAAUUCUAACUUCUUUACGAGGCAGACUUUGGACAAAAACAUCAGUGUGAAUCGCACCAAAGUGUGCUCCACUUUUUUAAAUUUCUGGUGCAAAACUGAACCGUACUGAACCACAAGUGUGAACGCAGCCUUACGAUCGUGGUGUGUGUUUGUUGCAUGACUUCGCUCUGAUCAAUGUUGAGAUGCGGCAUCGUCCUCAUUCAGCAUCUUGCUUGAUAGAUGAGAAAAGACCUCUCCAAAAUCAGACGGCAAUGUGAGACAAAUCCAAAGCCUUCAAGUGGGCGGUGGUUCAUCCAAGUUUGGUGUGCUCUGCAAUAAAUCCUGUGUAACGGCUGCUACCCACCACCAUGUUCUGUUUUUGUAACGUAACACUUGCUUGCUGUAUCUACCCGUUAUUGUUUUGGAGUCAUGUGAUGCUCAACAAUAAGAUGUGUGUUUUUAAACAUUUACUAGUUGUCCCGAGAUUACAGCUUUUAGUGCUCAUGGUGCCGACUUUUGACAGUGAGGAAUGCAGUACUGUGUGUGGGCAACUACCUUGGUGUUUCCUGCUUGUUCUCACCCAAGCUACUUUUCAUAAAAGGCUCUUCCACUUGAAUUUAUUUGCUAUGCCCCCCCCAAUCCCUGCCCCAUAUUUGCUGUAUGAAAUCUGCAAGAAUGUUUAAAAUAUAUGAAUAUUUAAGAAUGUUGAAGAUGACCAAAAGAUAUUAUUAUGGCGUUGUGCCUGAAUUUGAUGUAUACAGAUAAAUGUGAUUUUAUGGAUCAAAUAUUGUGUUUAACAAAGAGGUAUGUUGAUGUUGAAAAGUGAUAUAAAAAAAUGCUCAAUUUCUAUAAAAAUCCAACCCAAAAUGAUGCUUCUGUCAUCUGUGUAAUCAUUCUUCAGGUGUUUAGUAAGCAAAGCAGUUAAGGACCUUUUCCAAUCAGUGUGUUGCAUCGCACAUUCGCUCCACAUUUCACAU